CUCUGUGCCGCACUGCAGGUUUCAUUCCCCUCCUUGGAGAAAUUGGCGAUUUCAAGGAUAGGCAAAUUAAAGAUGAUAUGGUAUGGUCUAGUUGCUCCAGACGCUUUCAAGAAAUUGACAAAGAUUAAAGUGGAAAGCUGUAAUAAGCUGGAGCAUGUGUUCAAAUCCGAUAUGGCACAAUCUUCUGUGAACCUUGAAAAGCUGAGCAUUACAGACUGCUCUUCAUUAUCGGUCAUAUACGAUCUGCAAGGGCUCAUAGUGAACCCAGGAGUGGAAAAUGCUGCCACCACUGCCCAUCUGAAAGAAUUGAAUCUGCAUGGGUUGAGCGAGUUAAAGCAUAUAUGGAACGGGGACCCCACAGGAAUCGUCAGCUUUCAGAACUUGUCCACUGUUGAUGUUACUAGAUGUGGAAGUCUCACGUAUCUUUUCCCUGCCUCUCUGGCAGAAAGCCUUCUGAAGCUCGAGAAGCUGACGAUUAGGACAUCUGGCCAGCUAGAGGUGGUUGUUGCUGACAAUGAAGUGGACAAAGUAUCCGAUGACCGCAAACUUCUUUUUCCAGAACUGGAAGACCUCACACUUGAGAAAUUACAGGAACUCAAGAGCUUCCAUUCAGGCAGGUGUAUUUCGCAGUUCCCUUUCUUGAAAAAAUUGACAGUUGAAGGGGCGGGCGACCUAGUGGAGCUCCUUGCUUCUGACUUUGGGAGUUUCUCAGCGCCAUCUAAAAAAAGUUCUCCAGUCCAACAACCUUUCUUCUUAGUUGAUAAGGUUUCAUUCCCUCGGUUGGAGGAAUUAAGUAUUAGAGGCAUGAAGAAUUUAGGAACGGUAUGGCGCGGUCAAAUAACUGGAGAAUAUUGUUUCAGCAAACUUAAAGAGAUCACUGUAGAAAGCUGUGCUGCACUGGUUACCAUAUUCCCUCCCAACACGGUGCGUGCAUUACGGAAACUCGAGAAGCUACAUGUAGAAUUUUGUCCUUCAUUGAGGGUCAUCUAUGACAUGCAAGGACUCACUCAGGACAGAGUGGAAUAUUCUGAUCACGUUGUUGUUGGGGCCCAGCUGAAAGAAUUGCAUCUUUGGAAUUUACCAAAAUUAGAGCACAUCUGGAACAUUGCACAUCCAGGAAGGAUUCUCAGCUUUCACAACCUGGGCUCGGUCAAAGUUAGGAAAUGCGAGAGUCUCAAGUAUGUCUUCCCUCCCUCUGUGGCGAAGGUUCUUUACAACCUUGACGUGCUGUGGAUAGAGAAUAAUAGAGGGCUAGAGGAGAUUGUUGCAGCGGCAGUUGAGAAAGCCGAAAUAGCUGCGGGUACCUCGGAAUUUGUAUUUCCUCGGGCUACAAGUCUGAAGCUCUCUGGACUCCUGGGGCUCAACAGUUUCUGCCAAAGGCGGCAUAUCUCCAAAUGGCCCUCGUUGGAAGAAUUGGAGAUCGACGGCUGCGAUCGCAUCCAAACAUUGUUCUGUCAUAUCGAUUUUUUCCAAGAUGCACCGGGUAACAGGAAUGAUGUGGAAUCUCCUCCUCAGCAAACCCUCUUCUUGGUAGAUAAGGUUUCCUUCCGUUGCUUGGAGAGAUUGGAGAUUUCAUCCAUGAACAGCCUGACAACAAUAUGGCACUCUCAAGUCGCUGCGGAUUCUCUCAGCGAACUUAUAGAAAUCACGGUAGAAGGAUGUGACAAACUGGUGACCUUGUUCCCCCCCGGCACAGUGCGUUCAUUUCAAAACCUUGAGGUUCUAAAAAUAAGAAGAUGCAGUGCAUUGAAAGUGGUGUAUGAAAUAGAGGAGAAUGCUGGUUCUGAUCUUCCUGGCUUGGUAGCGAUCACCAAACUGAAAGAGCUGUCUCUUGCUGAUUUGGCGAAUUUGCAGCACAUAUGGAGAACGGACCCAAAAGGGAUCCUUAGCUUUCAGAAUUUAAGCUCAGCCUCAGUUAUGGGAUGCAGCAGCCUCAGGUAUCUCUUCCAUGCCUCUGUGGCACAAGCCCUCGUUCAGCUUGUUGAGCUGAAGGUAACAAAGUCCAGCCUAGAGGUAAUUGUUGCGAAAGAUGAAGGCAUGCAACCGGCCAGUACCCUGGAAUUUGUUUUCCCUCGAGCUACCAAGCUGGAGCUCUCAGACCUCUCGCAGCUCAAAAGCUUCUACCCAGGCAAAUAUAUUUCUCGAUGGCCCUCGCUGAGAGAGUUGAUGAUCUCUAAGAGCAACAAGGUUGAGAUAUUUGCUUUCGACUCGAAGAAAUCCCAAGCAAUAAUCAGGAAUGGCAAUCAAGCUGAACAACCCCUGUUCUUGGUUGACAAGGGAACAUUUUCCAAUGUGGAAACACUGCAUAUGCAACACAAUGAUAACAUGAAACAGAUCAUAUGGAGUGGGCGCAACCGUCCCAAGCUGACAUGCUUCUCAUCAGGGGUCCACUUCCAUUUCGCGAACCUCACAACUCUGAAAGUUGAGAAUUGCUGCUCUUUGAAGAACAUACUCACCCCAAACAUGGUGUCGGAACUCCCUUGGCUUGCAACACUAGAAAUUAGGGACUGUGCAAUGCUGGAGGCAGUGAUUGUAAGAGAAAAGAAAGCUAGAAAACGUAACAUCAGGCUUGCAAAGUUGAGAUAUAUAACUCUAGAGUCCUUGCCCAUGUUGGUUAGCUUCUGCCCUCAUGGUUGCUUAAUUCAAUGUCCAUCUUUGACGGAAAUGGCCAUAAAAAACUGUCCUGAAAUGAGGAGAUUCACUUCUCCACACCUGAAAGAGAAAGUGUCGAAUGCGAUGGAUGAAAACAGCAAAGAAUCAUACUCAAAUAGUGGUGAUAUUGACAUACCUCAAGAAGCCUUCUUCAAUGAAAAGGUUUCAUUCCCUCGAUUGGAGGAAUUAACAAUUUCAGUUAGGAAUGAUAUGGGGCGGUCAAGUAACUGAAGAUUGUUUCAGCAAACUUAAAGAAAUCACCGUACAAGGCUGUGAUGCACUGGUUACCAUAUUCCCACCCUGCAUGGUGCGUGCAUUAUGGAAACUCGAGAAGCUGAUGGUAGAAUCUUGUUCUUCAUUGGAAG